UGCCUCUUAUGUAUUUGUAUUUUAGUUUGUUUGUUGUGUUUGUUGUUAAUAUUGAUGCUAUUAUAUGUUUAAGCAACGAUCUAUACAUUGCAAGUCCCUGCCCAUGCUCAUGCUUUGCUGCUAGUUGUAUUGCCCGAACCCUUAUUAAGCGUGGAUGUCCCACUAAACUGACUGUUUACGAUAAUGGUUAAAAUUCUUUUUUCAUCUGUUGUGAAUAGGACAUCCAUCUUACGAGGGCAUAUGACUUGGCCAUGCAGUAUUUCUAUUCAAUUUAUAUACAUUUAUUCUAAAAUAUUCAACAAUAACUCAUAUCUACAAAUACUUCUGCAAACACUGCUGAUUAAAUGUAUGGAUGUUGAACUGAAUCCAGGUCCACUCCAGAAUGUAGAAAUAGUUCAUCUUAAUGUUAGAUCCAUAAGAAAUAAAAUAGAUGUUAUUGAAGCACAACUACAUGAUAGUGACAUAAUAUGUAUAACUGAAUCACACCUUAACCCUCUAAUCCCAAAUUCUGAUAUUAAAUUAGAGUCAUUCUCAGAUGAAAUUCAUAGAAAAGAUAGGACAACAGGGCAUGGUGGUGGUGUUAUUAUCUAUCAUAAAAACAAUAUUCUUACUAAACGUAGACAUGAUCUUGAAAAUGAACAUAUAGAAAUGAUUUGGAUAGAAGUCUUAAUCCAAAAUCAUAAAUUUCUGCUUGGAUGUAUAUAUAGACCUGAUUCUAAUAUAGAAUACUGGAGUAAAUUUGAACAAAUCCUUGAUAAAGCUAGUGAAACUUCCAUGGAUAUACUAAUUACUGGUGACUUAAAUGUUGAUAUGCUAAGAACCCCACCCACUUCUCACUUAUCUAGACUCUUAACUAAAUUCAACCUAAAAAGUAUUAUUAAUAAACCUACUAGAGUGACACCUGAUAGUGCAACCUCUAUAGAUGUUGUCUUUACAAAUAAUCCUUCCAUAGUGAAAAAUACUCAUGUUGACCCUGCUUUCUGUAGUGACCACUCCCCUAUAUAUAUGGAAGUUUGUUAUGCUAUCUUCAAACAUAAAGCAUACAAAAAGACUGUAUGGAUGUAUAACAAUACUGACUAUAAUAUUAUGAAUGACGAACUAAAUGUUAUUGACUGGAACUUAAUUGCUGCUGAUAUGGAUACCCAAGAAUUGGAUUAUCACAGGUCUAAGGAAAGGUACAUCACACCAAACUCUAUAUAAAGAACUAGGUUGGGAAUCCCUGUCUGAUCGAAGGAUGAACCAUAAGCUAACUCAGAUGUAUAAAAUAACUAACAAUUUAUCACCCACAUACCUCCAUGACAUAAUUGAUCCUCUUACUCAUAACCCAGAAAAUGAUAGGUAUACUCUAAGAAAUGUAAGAAUGUUUAACCCACCACUAUGUCGUACAGAAUCCUAUGCUAAAAGCUUCUUCCCAGUAAUGUGCAACAAGUUCAAUGGACUUGAAAAUGAUAUAGUACAUUCCCCUACUCUUAAUAAAUUUAAGGCCAAGGUGUAUAAUAAAAUAUGUUGUAAUAAUGAUAUCUCGGAUGUAUUUAAAAAUUGUGAAAGCAGAAAGGAUAACAUAAUCCUAUGUCAACUGAGAAAUGAGGCGAGUAACCUGAACUAUGAUCUAUUCAAAGAUCACUUGAAAGAGUCUCCAUCUUGUCUGUGUGGUGAUGCUUAUGAAACUGCUACACAUUAUCUUUCACAAUGUCCAAUGUAUACUAAUGAGAGACAAACUUUAAUAAAUGAGAUUUUUGAAGUGUGUCCGGUUAAUCUUGAUACUAAAACACUUCUUAAUGGAAGCACUGUGUUAAACAAUACUGAAAAUAAAUCUAUACUUGAUAGUGUUCUAAAAUAUAUAUACAACACAAGAAGAC